AUAAUCUUAAAUUUAAAAUUAAUAAUUGUCCUGAUAAAGAUUAUUAUAGUCAUCUUACUUAUGAAAAUGAUAAAUUAUAUUCUAAUUGUUAUAUGAAAAUUGUGGAUUCUUAUCGGCGUCAAAUAUUUACAAUUAAUAGAAAUAGCAAAUUAGAUAAUUUAAUAGAAACUAGUAAACAUACUACACCUGCAAAUUUAACAGAAAACACUAUAGAUUUAAUGGAAAUUAAUAAUUUAAUUGAUAUUA